UUAAAUAAUUAUGGUAGAAGAUUUGCACGGCUCCGAACAAAAGAUGGGUAUAUGAUUGGAUCUGUAUUAACACAAGUUGAAGUUCAAAGUCAGAAAGAAUCAUAUGAAUUGGGUAUAUUUUAUGGUUGUGUACUUUACUAUUUGGUUCAUGAAUAUGCUGGGACAAAAUAUAUGUUAGCAUACGUACAUAAUGCUCAAAAUGUAACCAACCAAUUAUAUAAUUUAAAAACAUUUGCUAAAUUUGGUGUGAAAGAGUUUAUUCCUGUGUCAGCAAUUAGAAAAUGU